ACUGAGGUGGCUGGCUUGGCUCUGCACCCUGGUCCCGGGAAGCCGGGAGAGCUGACUGAUGAACUUGAGGCGGUCCCUGCUCGGCUUCACCUUUUGCACCUGUUACCUGGCUUCUCACCUCACCAACAAGUAUGUCCUGUCUGUCCUGAAAUUUACCUACCCUACCUUAUUCCAAGGGUGGCAGACAUUCAUUGGUGGACUUCUGCUUCACAUGUCAUGGAAACUGGGCUGGGUGGAGAUCAACAGCAGUCUAAGAUCUGAUGUUUUGACGUGGCUUCCUGCUUCAGUGCUAUUCGUGGGCGUAAUCUAUGCGGGGUCCAAAGCUUUAUCUAGACUGGCAGUUCCUGUGUUUCUCAUUUUGCAUAAUGCGGCUGAAGUUCUCACCUGUGGGUUCCAGAAGUGUGUCUGGAAAGAGAAAACAUCGCUCUCAAAGAUCUGUAGUGCCCUCUUCCUCUUGGCUGCUGCAGUGUGCCUUCCCUUCCAGGACUCUCAGUUUGAUCCAGAUGGAUAUUUCUGGGCUCUAAUCCACUUCUUUUGUGUAGGUUCUUACAAAAUACUUCGGAGGUCCCGGAAGCCCACUGUGCUAAGUGACAUUGACCAGCAGUACUUAAACUACAUAUUCAGCAUGGUACUCCUGGCAUUUGCGUCUCACCCUACAGGUGACCUCUUCCGUGCCCUGGACUUUCCAUUCCUGUAUUUCUACAGCUUCUACGGCAGCUGCUGUGCCAGUGGAGUGUUGGGAUUCUUUCUCAUGCUCAGUACAGUAAAACUGAGAAGCGUUCUGGCCCCAGGGCAGUGUGCGGCCUGGAUCUUCUUUGCUAAGGUCAUCACAGGGGGCUUGUCGCUGUUGCUGUUUGAUAUGACCCUGACCAGAGCAACCGUGGGCUGCUUCCUGCUUGGUGGGCUUGGCGAGGCCCUGCUGGUGUUCUCAGAGCGGAGGAGUUCUUCAUGAAGACAUCCAAGGAAGGGAAGCAUGGGAUGGCUGCUGAGGGACAUGGCACCUGGCCUGCCCCUUGAGAGUGUCAAAAAGAACACAUUACAGUGAGAGCAAGCAGAGGUUCCCAGCUGGACAAAGCCGGGAACUGCGCAUGCCCCAACCAAGCCGAAUACAUUGACUGCUGGUGUCAAACAGCCCAGGGAGCUCUGCACUGCUGCAGAGAAAGGGUCUGUCACACAUGCCAAACCAUCUCCUCUCCGUCACCUGGAUGGACCCCAGCCGCCUCCCACCAGAUACUGCUUUGGAAUUGACGUCACAGUCCAUGGACUCUUGUUGCAUUUGGGAAUUGUUUCGUGUUUUUACGUCCUGGAGUCUCUGAUACCCCUGAUUUUCUUGUUUACCCUGGAGCCCAUGCUCACCCAUACAAAACAAGACUUGUGUUCCUGACUAAGCAGGAUGCUGGACCAAGUGGAACACCAGCAGGGAUCUUUAGACUGUGGAGUGAGUGGUGGCCCUUGGGGCUGAUGCAGAAGUAUUUCUAGCCUCUAAAUUUCUCUUGUUCUUUUGAGUUUGUCAGGAUGUGUUGAAUCUGUGGACCAUUGAUCACCAGUAGGUUAAGCUGGUGACUAAUCGAUUACCUGAAGUCUUUUAAGUAUUGUGUAGUCCAGGUGGGCCUUAAACACCUCACCUCCUCACCGCCUCUGCCUCCUGAGUGCUGAGAUUGCAGGCAUUAACUAUACCAUACUUAGCUUUUGUUCCUUAAAUUCUUUAAUAUAUGUGAUUCCUUCGUAUCUCAGAAGAGAUCUCAAGUCAUUGAGCACUGGAUUUUUAUCUCUUACACCAGAUGAGUAAUUAAAGUCCCAUAGCUUACCGCUAGAGAACAAACCACUUUAUAUAAAAUAUUCACUUGAUUCUGAAUCCACCAAGGCUUAAGAAAAUAA